UCAUGAAGCCACCAACAACAGCAGCAAACCAUUUGAUCUUGGAUUCAUCGUCACUCUCUCUCUCUAGAGUUGAGGAGUGAAGACUCCAUCGUCUUCCUCCAUUUUCUCCAUUUUCGAGGGCUGUUUGUGGCUCUGGUGAAGCAAAUAGACUUGGAAGUUUUGAUUUGGUGUUCUUUGAUUUUGUGUUCAUCGUGUGAUGAUUAAGAGUUUUGUGCACAAGAAGAAGAGAAGCCAUAUGAUAUUAUGAUGGCAACAACAACUGCAAUAACUGGGCUUGGUGCAGCCAAGAGGCUGUUCAAUUCUUCAUCCUAUUAUUCCGAUUUCACAGAAAAGGUUUUGUAUGCCAAUGACCACAGGAUUGGACAAACCCAGGUUUCCCCUACAAAGAGUGUGGUAAUAACAGCAAGAAGUUCGGCUAACUUUUCUCCGAGAAAUCAGUCGUCGAAUCGGCACGGGCAUUGCAUCAAAGCUGUGAAGGAACAUGUAGAUACACCCUCUUCUCCAACUGCUGAACCAAGGCUUCAUAAUAGCACGAUCUGGGAAGAUGAAGAAACUGAUCUGAAAUGUACUGUGGAGGCUCUUCUUUUGCUGCAAAAGUCUAUGCUGGAGAAGCAAUGGAAUCUGUCUUUCGAUCAAACCGUGUUGGCCGAUGCGCUGAGAGGAAAAACACAGAAGAAAGUACCUGUCACUUGUUCUGGUGUGUCUGCACGACAAAGGAGAAUGAGUUCUAAGAGGAAAAUACAGAGCAAACAUGUUCUUAUGGCUCAGCCAAGAAUCAGCAAACAGUUGAGGCCUACAAUCAAUCCUGAGCUAUUACAAAAUCGAUUAAAGGGGUAUGUGAGAGGUUUAUUAAGUGAAGAGUUGCUUUCUCAUGCUGAAGUUGUACGCCUUUCGAAGAAAAUCAAAGUCGGUCUCGCAUUGGAGGAGCGUAAAACCAGACUAAAGGAAAGAUUAGGAUGUGAGCCCUCUGAAGACCAACUAGCAAUAUCACUCAAGAUUUCUCGUGCCAAAUUACGGUCAAGUGUAAUGGAAUGUUCAUUAGCAAGAGAGAAGCUAGCAAUGAGCAAUGUUCGUUUGGUUAUGUCUAUUGCGCAAAGAUACGACAAAAUGGGGGCUGAAAUGGAUGACUUAGUUCAGGGUGGCUUAAUUGGACUUCUCCGUGGGAUAGAGAAGUUUGAUUCUUCAAAGGGGUUUAAAAUCUCAACCUAUGUUUAUUGGUGGAUACGCCAGGGUGUUUCAAAAGCAUUAGUUGAGAAUUCAAGAAUGCUAAGAUUACCGACUCAUAUGCAUGAAAGAUUAGGAUUGAUUCGCAACGCUAAAGUUAGACUGCAAGAGAAAGGAAUCACUCCAUCAAUUGAUAGGAUUGCAGAAUCCUUAAACAUGUCCAAAAAGAAAGUCAAGAACGCCACAGAGGCAAUAAGCAAGGUGUUCUCGCUAGACCGAGAGGCAUUUCCUUCAUUAAAUGGUCUUCCAGGCGAAACUCAUCAUAGUUAUAUUGCAGAUAACUGCCUCGAGAACAACCCAUGGCAUGGAACAGACAUAUGGGUUCUGAAGGCUGAGGUUAACAAUCUCAUAACUACGACACUUGGGGACCGAGAAAGAGAGAUCAUACGCCUAUACCACGGUCUGGAUAACGAGUGUCUGACAUGGGAGGAAAUAAGCAAACGCAUAGGGUUGUCCAGAGAAAGAGUAAGACAAAUUGGACUAGUGGCGUUGGAGAAACUAAAGAAGGCAGCCAAGACAAGGAAGAUGGAAGCCAUGUUGCUUAAACACUAAUUUGUUAAGAACAUAUAAUUACAAUAGAGACCAUCCAUUGUCUAUUGUGUAUAUAUAUAGAAAGAGAUUUUGCUCUUGAUUGAUGUUGCCAUCUACUAAAUGUGAAUAAUUUUUUUGCGAAAUUUGAUUUUGA